CAGAUCAGGAUCCAAUUUUUACAAGGGCGAGUUUCGAGUCCUGAAGUGUAUUGUACGCGCAGAACGGCGCAGAACGAGAUGAAGGUCUUGUGAGAAGGUUUCGAAAAAUAAAGGCCUACGAACAUGUUUUUCGUAAUAUUUCAUAUAGUUUAUUUGCUUGGCAAAUACGUUUACGAUAAUUAUCAAGACAGGAGGACAAACAAGUCGUCAUCGAACGAUGGCACGGAAGACGAAACAGCGGGUAGCCGACAUCCCCCCGACGAUUACGAAGUCGAUAUUGAAGAUGAGUACGAAAAGCUUCCGUUGCAGAAAUUUUUAAACCCAGUGAAAUUCUCGCCACCGGCAUACAUACAGAGGUACUUAGCUGUAAAGAGUGUACUUGAGGAGCCCAAGUACGCAAACAAAGUGCGAAAGAUUGUGGACUUUGGAUGUGCCAAUCUAAAUUUUCUGCCUUAUAUGAAAUAUCUUGAAGGAGUGGAGGAAAUACUUUUUGUUGAUGUGGACAGGGACAUUUUGGAACAGCAUAAAUUUAAAGCUGCACCAUUAUUAACAGACCAUUUUGGGCGGCAAACACGAUUCAAGAUUGGAAUAUAUGAAGGCAGCGUGACACACAAUGAUAAGAAGUUAGAGAAAACUGAUGCUGUAGUGUGCAUUGAAUUAAUCGAGCAUUUGCACACUCCUGAAUUGUCCGAUCUUCCUACUAAUAUUUUUGCAUACAUCAAACCAAAAGUAGUAAUAAUAACGACGCCAAAUGUAGAGUUUAAUGUGGUAUUUCCAAAUCUUAGAGGAUUUAGACACCCAGAUCAUAAAUUUGAAUGGACAAGGAAACAAUUCGAAGACUGGGCAAAGGAUAUCGUGAGGAAAUACUCGUAUUAUAGUGUAAGAUUCCAAGGAGUCUGUUAUGGACCCGAAGACACGAAACAUUUAGGUGCGUGUUCGCAGAUGGCGAUAUUCGAACUAAAUCGAGAACCAAAUGCAAGCAUAGAAAUUGCAGGAGUAGAAGAAUUAUUUCAGACAAUAAAGAUAUAUGAUUAUCCUGUCCACACGGAUGACCGUUCAGACACACAAAAGGUGCUGGAUGAAGUAUCAUAUUGUAUCAAUAAAAUAGUGUUUGAGCUUAAGGAGGAAUCGAACGAAAUAGAUCUAGCUAGACUACAGAACAUGAUAUAUAAAUAUUCCAUAUCGAUAGAAAUAUUAAGAGACAUUAUGAGUGAAAAUAAUUAUGUUAUCGAAGAUCGUGAAAGUGGUCCGGUAGUAAUUCUUCCUGAAUAUUCUGAAACGGAUGAAAUGGAUAUGAUGGAUAUGAUGGAGGAAAUGGAAGAAAUAUAUACUCUAGAAGACACAUUCAUUGAUGACUAUCUAUCUGAGGAUGAAGAACAACUAAUGGAAGUGUAUGAUACAAGUAGUGAUGCUGUAUAUGAAAAAGACGAUUGGAAUGAAGAAUCCAUUGUUAUUGCAAAGAACCAAAUUGUUCCCAAUCAUGAGAAUAGCUAUUUAUUUGAUGGAGAACAUUUGGCAGACCAUCAUCGCUCAUCUGAAGAGUGGGGUGCAGAUGCCCACACUGUAGAUGCUCACACAACAGUUGUACAUACUGCGGAUAUCACGGACGUGUCUACAAUGACGAACAAUGGAGAGAGAUUUAUUUGUGAAAAAGAAGUUUUGCGAAGUGAACGUGAUCCUUGCGCUUCAAAUACGACAGAGACGAACAAUGUAAUUGAAAUAGAUGAUGAUAUUACGUUUGAUACUACAAACUCCUUACAGGCUGUAUCACAAGAUGUCGGUAUAAAUUUAGGUAGUAUACCGAAUAACGAUGAUACGAUAUCAAGUUUUCAACCGUAUCUAUCUAUUUCCCGUUCUUCGACAUCACCGGGACUUCUCUUUAGUCCCGAUUUAGAUGACUCAUUGAUUUCUCAAAAUUUAUUAAAUAGUACUUUUCAGAGAUCUGAAGUAUCGAAUGAAGCAAUUACGAUUGUAAAACUUCCUACAGAAACAUCCUCAAUGAAUGAAGCACUUUCUCUGAAGGAGAAAGAUUUAUCAGAGCAUACAUCUUUGAGUUAUCUUGAGAGAAAUUCUAGUAAUAUUGAACUAAAUAACGUUGAUUCAGUGAAACAUCGAGUCUUGGAAAAUACGUCAAAUGAUAAAAUGAUAAAAAUGGAGGUACAACAUGAUUUCAGUGGUGUUUAUCAUAAACCACAAUCAACAAGUUCGCCUAGAAUUUGUAACAAACUGCGCACUACCUGUACCAUUAAUAUGGAGAAUCAAAUUGUUUCUACUCAAGAAUAUUUAUAUGAUGAGGAACAUUCGACGGAAUUUGCUCGUCACAACAUUCUUCAUCGCUCGUCCGAAGAAUUAGCUGCAGUUUCAGACAUUGAUUUUGAGUUUCCAAAAUGUAACAAUAGAAAAGAACCUAUUAUCACUGUUAAGCAAAGCUGUUUGGAAGGUGAUGAUCUAAUAUCUGCAUUGGAGAGUUACACCGAAUUAAUUCCGAUAGAAGCAAUUAGUGCCGUUAUACCGAACACUGCUACGUUAAAAGAUACUAGUCAAAAGUCUUUGUGUAGUGAUAGUAUUAUUACAGAAACAAUUAAUCAUGAGGUAACUUCUAAUAGCAAAAAUGCCACUUCAAAACGCGAAACCGAUGCGAACUGUUCAUCUAGCAAUAAUUCACAGCCAGAGCUGUGUUUAAAGAGUGAAAUAGUUGAUAGUGAUCACUCCACUGCUGUAGGUUUGCUGCGAGAAAGUAAGGAAACUACAGGAAAAGGGAAUCUAAUCAAAUAUGAGACUGAUAUCGCGGAAGUACAAAGAUAUACAUUGGAUAAACAUUGCGUCUUAUCGUCGGCUAAAGGAUAUGUAUGUCGCAAAUCAAAAGCAGCGGUGAUUAAACUAUGCGACGACGACACGGAAACUCAUUUACAAGAUGGAAACAGAGUUGUCGCACAUUCAAGUAUAAGCGACAAGAGCUUAAGUCCGUUUCGAGAGUUAUCGAACAUCAAAUCUGGGAACACCAGCGAAUGCUCGUCUUCUAUGUGUGCCAAAGAAAACAAUUCGGAUGAGAGUUUUCAAUCGUGUGAUGAGGAUGCAAAUAAUAAAGUAGUUCAGUUCGAGUCACUGUUAAGAAGUGACGAGAACGUCGUAUGUGAUAUAAAGAACUCUACUAAUAAGGAUGUAAAUACGUCGAGCGUCGCCGGAUUUAUAGCCAGCGCCGAAGCUAAAUUACCUUCUCCCACCUUUGAGACUCCUCCGGACAGUUGGUCGCACGAGAUCGUGGAUUCCGGUUAUCCGAAUUCGGCCUCCGGGCAGGACAUCACGCCGGAAAAUGAUUUGUCCAGCAUAGCCCAAGAUCAUAUUCCCGAUACAGAGUCGCCGAGUGUCGCGGAGGCGCCGCGACUUGGUGUUUUAGAACCGAUCGAGGUAGAGAACGGUGACUUGGCGAAUAACAACAGGGACAACGAAGGUAACAACAUGAUGGCUGCGGAUGCAGGCAAUGAUAUCGAGGGUUUGCAACCACUUAUCGAUGUACUGGAAAACGAUCUCGAAAAUGAAAACGAUAUAUAUGCGUUGGAAAACGGUUUCCCCGUGUGGUUGUUGAGAAUAUUGGACAUGGCAAACCCGCUUGAUUUUGAUGGACAGAAUCUUAGGGUUCAUCAUGAAGUUGCAGAUGUUGAUUAUAUGGACCAUGAUGAAGGUUUCGACAGUAGUUCCUCUGAUGAAUGAUAGCGAUACAAAGAAUGAAAUGGAAAAUAGUAACGAGCUUGGUGAACAAACAAAAUUUUUUUAAUCAUAAUGAUAAAGAAUGAAGAAAGAAAGGAGGAAAGAAAUGACGAAGAAUUUAUGAUUGAGGCAGAUCAAUGUGCGCCUACAUAUCACUUUUUGAAGCUCGCAACAUAGCUUGCGAUGUCAGCUUUAAAGGUAAAGUAACAUAUAAUUUUUAUUCGCAUUUUAGAUAUUUUAUGGACAAAUUAAACGUCCUGGCAAAUAGCUUUGAAAGGAUUCACAAGUUCGUCGUUUUUAUUAGUAAGUCGCGUUCUAACACCUAACUACCUCCUAUGCCUUUUUCUUUUCACCUUUCUUCUUUUUAUAAAUCCUUUAUUCAUAUAUGUUAGUAAAUAUUUCAACUGCAUUACAAUAUAAGAUUUUGUGACGAUAAAGUAGAUCUGAUCAUCAUAUGAUUUUAUACUAAUACUAUGUUUAACUUAAUACUAUAUACUAAUUAAGAAUAAUUAGGUGUUUUAUUUUUAUAUUUGAAUUAAAGAGAGAGAGCAAAUAUGUAUUCCAGAUGUUUUUUAUUUCUACAGAUAUCUCAUUGACUCUUUUGUUGUAAAUUUAAAGGUAUAACUACAAGGAUUUUGUCAUAUGGUUUUUUUUUUUUAAUAUAACAUAUUAAUCAAUGGGAAACUUAUUAAUUAUUAACUUAUUAUGGGAUUAAUAAUGAGAAAAUUAUACGUUUCUAUUUUAUUGAAAAUUAUACGUUUCUAUUUCAUUGAAAAUUAUACGUUUCUAUUUAAACAUUCUUGUUGUUGAAACAUCAAAAUUUCGUACUUAACGUAUAUAUGUGUAUGAUAUACGCACAUAUAUUAUACAUAUGUAUACAUGAGUGCGUUUGGAGAGUAUACUAUCAGAGAGCUAUUUAGCGCUACUGUUUCAUUUUAUAUUUAUUGAACAUCUGAAUAGCGAUAAAGCGAUAGAAUGACGCGGUAACGUUUUUAGCGCAUUCUCCGACACACCCAAAUAUAUACAUAUAACAUAUAUGUAUAUAGACGCAUAUGUCUAUAUAAAUAUAAAUUAAUAUAUGUCUUACAUUUAUAUUUGUAUACACAUAUACACACAUAUUUUUUUACGAUUCAAGUUUUUUAUGGAGUUAAUUUAUCGGAUGUUACAUAAGUUUUCAAUCUUAUAUAAUGUAAUAUAUGAAAAUUUAUUAGUAAGUUGCGUUUUUUGAUGUAUUAAAUUUUAAUAUACAUGUAUGCGACAUCCGAUAGUUGAUUGAAAUGCUCCAUACACCGAAGUGAUAAAUUACUGAUGUUAAGUUGGAAUUAUAUCUCAUAUAAGUUAUUAUAAUUCCCUACGUAUACACCUAAGACUGAAACUGUAUAUAAUUAUGUUCGUAAUGAUGCAAAGACUUUGGACAAAUAAAUCGAUAUAGAAUCUGA